AUGGAGUCGCGUUCUCUCAAGAAUUAUACUGAAGUGACGAAAUUGGUUGUGCAUGGUGUACACGUAGAUAUAGAGCAGUACCCGUAUACAGCGCAAGUGAUAAUAGAAGAAUCCUCGGUGUGUGGUGGUGCUAUCAUCAGCAACCGCGUUAUUGUUACUGCUGCACACUGCCUCGUCGACGAUAACAAUAAACCGCUAGAUCCUGACCUUAUCGAAGUAUACCUAGGAUCAGAAAUCGCAAUGCAAGGAGCACAUUACGAUGUGUGUAAAUUAUUUAAACAUCCAAAAUAUGAAAAUAAUACUGAACAAGAUUAUUUCUGGGAUAUAGGUCUUUUAUUGCUAUCAAGACAUAUAAAGCUGAGCAGACGCGUUGAAAUUGCUACGAUCGCCCCCACUUCUAAAUGGAGGAAUGUGAGAAACACUAUGACAAUUGCUGGUUUUGGCACUACCGAUAAUACAGAAGAACUGACGAAAACGAUGAAAGCGACACGAAUGAAAUACGUUGACUCAAGGAUUUGCAACCUCUCCCAAACUGGUGGCAAAGAAAUGAUGCCGGUGCCUAGUCAUAUGUUCUGCAUGGUCGGAUUAACAUGGACAAGCGACUGCCGGGGCGACUCUGGUUCCCCCAUUACAUGGAGAUCAUACAUAGUAGGAUUAGUAUCACUUGGUCGAGACUCUCGCGAUGGCUCCUGCGGUUCCGAAGGCAUACCUUCCAUGUACACUGACCUCACGUACUUUCGCUUGUGGUUGAAGCACCAAGUCAAAGAAUUAGAAUCUACAUCUACGAAAGAAUGUGAAAUAAAAAUAAGAACUAAAAUACGAUUGAGAGCUUCAUUAUCCAACUGUUAGAAAAAGUUGCUGUACAAGUGAA